GGUCUCAUGACUCAUUUAGCUUCUAUAUUGAUGAAGCCUCUCCAGUCGGGCCUGAACAGCCAGAGACCGUCCAGAACUUUGUGUCUGUGUUUGGGACUGUGGCUAAAAAGCUGAUGAGGAAGUGGUUGGCUACCCAGACCAUGAACUUCACCAGCCAGCUGGGGGCAGGUAUACGGUAUUUUGAUCUUAGAAUUUCCACCAAGCCCAGAGACCCAGACAACGAACUCUACUUUGCUCAUGGUUUAUUCAGUGCCAAAGUCAAGGAGGGUCUGGAAGAGAUCAACGCGUUUCUCACUGACCACCCAAAAGAAGUGAUCUUCUUGGACUUCAAUCACUUCUAUGGGAUGCAGAAAUACCAUCAUGAAAAGCUCGUCCAAAUGCUCAAAGACACAUAUGGAAACAAAAUGUGUCCUGCUAUAUUUGCUCAUGAAGUCAGCCUCCAGUACCUGUGGGAAAAGGAACACCAAGUGCUGGUGUUCUACCACAGCCCAGUGGCUCUCGAGGUACCAUUUCUUUGGCCAGGCCAGAUGAUGCCAGCUCCUUGGGCAAACACCACAGACCCAGAAAAACUGAUUCAGUUCCUCCAGGCGUCAAUCACUGAGAGAAGAAAGAAGGGCUCCUUUUUUAUAUCUCAAGUAGUGCUGACACCAAAGGCUAGUACGGUGGUGAAAGGGGUUGCUAGUGGUCUCAGAGAAACGAUCACAGAAAGGGCUCUUCCUGCCAUGAUGCAGUGGGUCCGAACUCAGAAACCAGGAGAAAGUGGUGUGAAUAUUAUCACAGCAGAUUUUGUAGAACUUGGUGACUUUAUCAGCACAGUCAUAAAGCUCAACUAUGCCCUGGAUGAAGGUGAAGAUGACACUACUUGAUAGUACUGUAAAGUGUGUGUUGUUAUUUAGAAUU